AAUCAGGAAUCCGAUUCCAGGCCCAAUGCCCAGCGCUCUGCUCCCCGGAGCGGAGCGGAACGAAACGGUCCACACGCUCGCAAAGCCGCCGUCCGGACUCCGAAAUCCGAAUCCAUGGCCGUCCUCCGCGCGUCGCCGCCCUUUCUCCCGCAGCCGCUCUCGCGCCCCUCCCAAUCUCAGUCCAAGCGGCGCCCCACCGCCUGCCGCGGAGUCGCAGCCACAGUAGUCAGACCCGGCCCUGCUCCUUCCAGGUCAAGGAGCGGCGCCGGCGGCGUCCAUGGAUGCCGCGCCAAGAAGGGGCUGCUGGCGGCAAGGGGACGAAGGCAGCGGGUGCCCUGCCUGCCCGCGACGGAGGCGGGCGUUGGUGCGGCAGGCGUCGCGAGGGAGGACGACGAGGACGACGACGAGUACCUGGCCAGGGAGGCCGGGUGGGGCGUGCGGCUGAUGGGGCGGGUCGGCGAGGAGAUGCGGCGGGUGGCGCAGGUCCAGGCCCAGGCCUUCCACGUCCCCGUCGCGCUCUUCGACGACUUCUUCUUCGAUUUCUUCAAAGCCGAGGUGCUGUCGGCGCUCAUCUACAGAGUGAGGAACUCGCCACCUGACAGAUAUGCUUGUUUGGUGGCUGAAGAAGCUGAGGCAGCCGACCAGCUGUCAAAGGCACCAUAUGAGAGGAUCGUCGGGGUUGUGGAUUGCACGGUGCAGGAUGAAGACGACAUCCUUAAGCAACUUCAAGGUGUAGAUGAGUACCUCUAUGUGUCAGGAAUUGCAGUCUUGCCAUCGUUCAGGAGGAGGAAGGUAGGGACCGCACUGCUGAAGGCCUGUGAGUCACUUGGGCUCAAAUGGAGGCACAGAUUCAUGGUUCUGAGGGCAUAUGAGGAUGACGACGGUGCUCGAGGUCUCUAUGCCAAGGCAGGGUACCGGGUCGUGUCAAGGGAUCCAGACUGGGUCACCUGGGUAGGGAGGAGAAGGCGUGUUGUGAUGAUAAAAGAGUUGCCGGUUCACGAUUAUAAUCACAUUGAACAGCAAUGAUGCCAGCACGUUUGUUGAAUGGGGGUGUACAUCCCCAGCUAAUGUGUCCAUAUGAGCAGCAUCUUACAUGUAUUUUUUGGACAAUAGAGGAGAGACAGUUGCCUAUCUUUCCACCAAACACAGCAUGAAAACUGAAGUUACAUUGACAAGUCUCAUUUCAGAGUCUGCCACAGGCAAGGUAUACUGUAUCGGCACAUUAUUUAUAACAUCACACCAGGACUAGAAAAAAUUAAUGAAGAAGCUCUCUCGAUGCUGGAAAAAUAUACAGUAGACU